AUGACUUGGACGGAAAUUGCCUUUCAACCAUGGUCAAAUGGGAGAAGCGGAAGCGACCGAUUUUCCGGUGCCCCGGAUGCGACGCACUCAGGGUCGCAAGCUUUUGAUCGCACUCCCAACAAGUCUGACUUCAACUUCGACGACGUUGGCCAGUAUGAAAUGCCACCCAGUCGGAAAGGCCGUGAUUAUCCCUCCAAAAGGCCACGUCUUGACGAAACCAAUGCAAAGGAAACGCAAAAAUUCACCGAUGCUGCUCACAUGCGAACCGCACUCCGUUCAGAGAAUCCCAUCACCUUGACGGAAGUUCUCACCUCUUUGCGCAACCAGUUGGCGUUGAAACCGCACGAAACCUCUGUUCCACCACAGGAUGAACGACUAGUUUUAGCGAAGCAAUGGACGGAAGGUUUGCAAGACCUGUUCGUGGUCUGGGAGAAUGCGGGCCCGGCAUCCCUCAUAUCUCUUGUUCUGUCUUGCCUAUCAUCGAUUCUGUCUCUCCUCUCAUCCCACUACACAGAUCAUUCCCUUGGUCAACCUAUCAUGAAAACACUGCUCAACCCGGCGAAAUUGCGCCAGUUGAACUCGUUUAUCGGAGGAUCGAACAACGAACUUAUCAUCGUUACGCUGAAGCUAUAUAACGUCAUGUCGGAUUUCGCAAGUGGUAGAGACCGGAAGGCUGUUCUGGAGGGGUUUGGUUGGGAGAUCAAGAAGAUAGUCUCUGCCGAAAUUAUUGCACAUGAGGCGCAAGACAAGCGUACCCCGGCGCAGACGAAAACCCUCUUUCUCGAACAACAUCGCGAUGCAUUUCUUGCGGUCUUCAAGGGGCUCCACCAGGAUCACUAUUCCCUCGCGAGGAAGGUUCUAGAAGUCAGCUGGAGCGGUCUGUGGGCAGACAACAAAGUCAAAAGAACGCUUAAAGUUGGAGUGUUCAACGAGCUGACGAUCGGGCAUCUACUCAAAUUGUACGAAAGAGCUCAGCCGGAAGAUGAAGACGAAGAGCACAUACCAGCCGACCUAGUCCACCACUUUCUCCUUGCCAUAUGCACACGCGCAGGCGUAGGGAUAUGCUUCAAAGACCGAGGGUGGUAUCCUCGCGAGGCACAUGUGGAUGAAGGUGGUGCAAAGGAGGAUGAACAGGAGGGCGGGAGGAAGAGGACCGGCAGUAUAUACAACAAAAUUCUGGCUAACGUUCUUAAGACGCUAAAAGUCAAUGAAGACGCCAGGCAACAAGAACUGGCUCUGAAAAUAUUGCUCGGCAGUCCUGAAUUAGUUUCUGGGUCCGCCUAUUCUUACAUCUCUUCGCGUACACGAACUGACCUCAUUGGUAGAUACUGGUCUGCUGCCGCCCUAACCCUUGAACCGCGCCUCUCCUCAAAAUGGAUAACGAAUAUCGCAUUCUUCGGCAAUGUCAUUUCUCUACCUGUACCCUCUUCAUCAUUCCUGCUCCCAGCUUCCACAUCUUCAAACCUCUACAACCCAUCUCCUCCACCCCUUUCAUCCGUCCUAGAGAACGUCUUGCCAUCCGUUGGGACAAAGAACAACUUUUCCAAAGGCCUGCAGUCGCCCUCGAAAUUGGUGCAACACUGUACUGCACUUGCGCUUGCUCGGUGUCUCUUGAAGUACGAGAAGGUCAAGGAGGCCUGGGAUCAAGUUAGGAUAGCCCUUGAUGAGGAUGAUGGGGCUGCGUCUGAAGGUUUAUGGACAAAAAGAUGGAAGGAGGUCGAACGAGAAGUGAGGAGGCGAGUACCGGAAGUGCAGGUCGUGCUGGCCUUCCAGUUCGGCGCACAACAAGGGUUGAAGGAUGACAAGGCCGCCACCUCAAACGAGACUCAAAUUUCUUUAUUGGCGGAGAGCGCGCAGAGGGUGCUGUGGCUCUAUCAUCGCUGUUUACCUGCGCUGGUCCUGGAGGCGCGAUUUGAAGUCGGGAAGUUGCUUGGUACUUUUACAAAGUCGAGAUCAACCUUGGACAACAACGUCGACAAUCAAGAGGCCGACAAGAUCGAAGAAAGUCCGGCGGAGAGGCUAUACCGUGUCCAGCAGUUGCACGUCCUUCGGCUGCUUCGGGAUAGCCAGCAGUUUGUCUGGUCUGGAAAAGUUGCCUCUUUACCGAGCACUCCUAUUCAUAUUCUCCUAUCUGCCUUCUGUUCUACGCCGACUCCAGCCAUCCGACAUGCAUUAGGCGACGUCCUGAAGCAUGUUCUCUCGCAAAGUAUUCUUUUCCAAGAAGAUCCAGACGAGCCCGCCCUGUGGUUGAAAUCCCUUCCGCGCCGUUAUUCGGGUGCGGGAGCAGACGACGUGGAUUCAGUCACCACCUUCCUCGACGAGUGCCUCCAGAGGUGUAUGAAGACGCCCUAUCGCUAUAUUGAGGCACUUCAUGGACUCGCCUCUUUCCACACUCCCGAGAACGCCGAAGGUGUCGCAUCCACCACCCUCAAUCGACUAGACACAUAUCCCAGUCCGCUGCUGAUGACCGUCGUGGAGCAGCUCGAGGCUAAAGUGAACAACAAGUCUCUAUCUUCGUCUGCCACUCUUGGUAUCUUGAUGUUCUUGAGGAAACUGCUAUUUUACUUCACGAGCAAGACACCUGAUUUACGUUGUUUGAAGACGUUUGCUGGGAGAUUGGAGAGUGCUUUAGGUGAAAAAUGGAGUGAGGGUUGUGUAAAGAGGGAGAUGGAUACCAUCCGGAGAACUUUGGCCUUUGAAUUUGCCGAUCCAAAUGUGGAUAUGGAUGCCGCCAGUCUCAAGGUUGAGCAUUGGUUGGAGGAGGCGGAGAAGACUGGCACUCCAGAAACCAAGGCCUCUCGAACGGCAGCCGCAUUGCAGGCUAUUGAUUGGCUACGAACCGUCGAUCAUUCAUUGGAGACAGGGCAUUUGAAACGACUCGUGUCUCUCGUCACUUCUCUUGACCCGACAAUUUUACCCAUUCUCAUCAUGAAUUUAAUUCCUGGACAAGCCAAUCUUUGGUCUGCAACGGACAUUAUGUCACCCUUCUCCGAAUUACGACCGCACCUUCGAUUUGAGUGGUUAUAUAUCCAUACUAGCUCGCGGCAAAUAACGGAUGAGAAAUACCGUGCUGUUCUCUCUGACGUCUGCCUUUCUCGCCGCCCGAGUGCAAUCGACUUAACUCGCGUUGUGCACCUUGUCAUACACGGUGUGGCGUCCACUAUACAAGACAACUCUCUCGUCACAGGACAUCUCGCACUACUCGCAGACAUCGUAAAGUCUGCUAGUACAGCCUUAUCUCCAGCGGAUUUUAUCGCCUUGAAGGAGAUGGUGUUCGUUAAACCCAAUAUCCUCAAAGACGUCUUCACCUCACCCACCUCUCAAGAAGUCGUUAAGGCAAUCGACAAUCUUCUCGGAACUGUCCUCGAUCCAAGUUCGAGCGAUGAUCGUAAAGUGGUUUCGGAAAUCAGUAACCAUUGGUUCAAUCUUCUUAAAUCCGAGCUUCACAUCCAACAUCAGGCUACCGUGUCUGCUGCCCGUGUGUGGAUCAAAUAUCUCGAGCCGCACCAGCUAUUUGAACUCAUGGGUCAUCUUCAAGAAUAUGGACAUGCAACCCCUGCCGCAGAAUUGGCGAACGUGAUUUUGGUGGCUCUUUCUUCAAUGGCAGCGUCUGAGCUCGAAGCCGAGUCCACAUUCGUCCAGCGUCUACCUCAACUUCUCUCGCUUCGCGCGGUAUUGCGAGAUUCUCCCCUACUUGACGACCUCAUCGCGAUUUCACUGGAGGCCACCCUUCCAAUUGGUUUGGAUGGAUUCUCGCCUCCCAGUGCACCCUCGGACUUGGUUGUCGUGGUGAAGAGGUCGCAAACACGUUGGGCUCAUCGCAGUCGAGCAGCAAAGAUCGACUUGGAUAUUCGCCAGUUUCUCAUGCAAACCACAUUCUCUGAAGCGACGGUCAGAAUUAUUUCAGCACUUUUAUAUUGUCGUCCUGUUUCGCGGGAGAUAUUCGUGCAGUGGGUUGCAUCGGAAGAUUGUCUUCGUCGCGACAUCAAUCUCCUUCUUCCUAUCAUACACGCCUUCCUCGACUCUGCCCCUCUGGGACAGACAGUGAAAUACGAGAUUUGGGCACCAUUAUUGCCAAGGAUCGUCAACGUCCUCGUGAAUACAAGUGGCUUGUCUGCGUUGAAGUUCAAGGCUAAGCAAUGCUUAUUCGACAUACUGACGACGGCUUCGAAACCUGAUUCCGAAAAAAUCCUCAGCGCCCUUGUCGCGGAGUUCAAAGAGUUCUCGAAGGCUGAUGUGUCGGCUGAAACGCUAUCGGCUGGUGUCUGGUUAGCCGAUCAUUAUGGCCUGAAGGCUAACGUCCUGUUGUCAAUUAUCGUCGAUAAUGGGAUGCAAUGGGCGAUUGAUAGGUUAGCGGAUGAGAAGGAGGUUGAGGGCUCGACGUGUGUUGUUCAAUGGCUUACAUUACUCGUCAAGAAGGCUAAUGUCUCAAAGCCACAUCUCGUCGAAACUCUGCUUUCUGUUGUCGUUCAGAACCAUCUAUACAAUGUGCCUGCACUCCAUCUCACGGCUGAGUGUUUGUCUUCGUCUCAGCUAAAACCAGUUGCCGUCAAUAAACACCUGCAAAGCAUCAUCCAACAUCCGCACUUCUUCAAGAUAUGUGUCAGCACAUUGGCUAAAGGAUUGAAAGCUCGAGAAGUGGUGGUCGAGCUUCUCCAUCGCCUAUUCCACCUCCAUCCUGCCAACACCUGUCAAAUAACUCAUAUCGAACCCAUCGUCAAAGUCUACCGCGGUACGCUAUCGAGGACCGACCGUCGCAUUUUGUCAAUCUUCCAACUCUUUGAGGGCCAACGCAGACUCUCCGUCACGCCGCUUCUCUCACGGUGGUCUGCUACUCUUGGCAUCUCGUCUCAAACAGCAUUGGAGGCCCUCCAAUCCUUAGAUCCCAUUUUGGUGCUUCGGACGACGCUGCAGUUUCCUCGAUGGCGCCGUGUUGACGAUCAAUCCAGCGUCAAGCUGCCUCCCGAUGGACCAGACGUCGUUUUAUACGAUUCGAUCUUCCUGAUGCUGCUCUUUAGCCAGAUGCUCUCUGAGCAGCCGCCUUCGUCCGCUUUCGCCUGGAUCGAGUUGUUUAGGACGAACGUUGUGUCUCUGUUCAUUAGGGCAUUAUCUGCCAAGGAUGGAAGGGUCCGAGAGUUGGCGUUGUGCCAAAUCGUCGCGCUCUGGAAACACUUAGAGACCGCCGAUCUCCACGAGAAGCCGCAUGUGCAAUACAUCCUCAGUCUUAUGAAGGACCUGAUGCCCCCUACCUCAAAUCGAUCUGAAUCUCCUGAAUCGCAGUACCCACGCCGGUUACCCACAUACACCACCCUCCUAUUGAUGCACGCCUUCCGUGGGGUAUUCUACCCGUCAAAUUCUAUAUAUCCACUCACAGCCCGUUUUCUCCUUCAACGACCGACUCUCGACACCUCCGACGUGCCGAUGCUGUAUAGCAUGCUCUACAGUAGCUCAGAUGACAACUGGAAAAAAGAGCGGAUGUGGAUGAUCAAGUUCCUUGCAGAUGGAAUGGUGGGGUCGGAAGAUUGGAAGGUUCUGAAGAGGCGGCAUACAUGGGACCUAUUAGCGAGUCUCUUCCAAAGUGCAGGAAACGAUGGGGCUUUACGGUUGGCCAUCCUGGAAGUGCUCGCGAACGUGACGUGCAAUGCCCAAGCCACGACAUCAUUGCUCCUGAAAUCGGCGUUGCUUCCCUGGAUUGAGAUGCAGCUCCUCAAUUCGGCGUCCAGCUCAAACACGAAUGCGAACGCCGAAGGUCUGGCUUGGAUCAAGAUACUCGAGAACAUCCUGGUUAUUGUGGAUUCUGACAAAAUCGAAGCAGCGACGAACGGAGAGUGGCGCAUAGUGAUUUGUCGAUGCCUGCUCAUUCUUCUCGACGAGAAACAGUUAUCCUCUCCUACUGAGAACUUUGCUCAUGCGGUCCCCGUUAUCCUGCGACUGGCCUCCUUGACCGGGCCUGCUCUCCACGACCUUCCCACACUCCUGGAUCUGGCUGUUUGCUGCCUACAGAAAAUCGAAAGCGAUGUACGCUUUCAUUCUCUCGGCCUGGGACCUUUGCAACAGGCAAAUCCGUUGGUUCCGACCCCUCCGCAUAGGUCUUCGGGUAUACACCAGCAAGCCGCCAUCGAUGGCAAGCAUUCUCUGCUUUUGUGGGGAUCCUUGGUGGAGACCCUAUGGUGCGCGACCAUGCACCUUGACAGACAUGUCUCCGCGUGGGAUGCUCUAACACCUCGGAUAUUACUAUGGUCGUCUGUUUCUGGUGCGCAGACUGCUGAGAACUUCGGCGUUGCACAGUGGGCAAGAAAAGAGGUUAUAAAUGCUCUGCUCAAUUGA